GUGUAGUUCCGCUGGUUGUAAUUCUGCAUUUUCUUCUUUUUGCCGUGAAAAAUUCAAUUUUUUCAAACUAGUAUAUCCUUUAGCACAAACUUGUAUUUGUUGAAUUACUGUAAGUGAAAACACCGAAAAGAUGCCUUCCAGUGAUCCUUUGCCACCGAAAGAGAGUGCUCUGUUUCGUAAAAUUCUAAAAUGCUAUGAGAUGAAACAAUACAAAAAUGGCCUCAAACUCGCAAAACAGAUCUUGACUAAUCCUAAAUUCACCGAACAUGGCGAAACACUUGCAAUGAAGGGCUUAACGCUCAAUUGUCUUGGACGGAAGGAAGAGGCUUACGACUACGUACGUCGUGGUUUACGCAAUGAUCUCAAGUCGCAUGUUUGUUGGCACGUUUACGGUUUAUUACAACGCUCAGAUAAAAAAUACGAGGAAGCAAUCAAAUGUUAUAGAAACGCACUCAAAUGGGAAAAGGACAACAUACAAAUUCUACGAGAUUUGUCACUGCUGCAAAUACAGAUGCGCGAUCUUGAGGGCUACCGGGAAACUCGUCAUCAAUUAUUUAAACUGCGUCCUUCGCAACACGCUUCGUGGAUCGGUUUUGCCAUGAGCUAUCACUUGCUCGGUGACUAUGAAACGGCCAAUAAAAUUCUAGAAACAUUUCGGGCAUCGCAGUCGGUUGAAACCUCUGAUUAUAAGCACAGUGAAUUGCUGUUGUACCAAAAUCAAGUUAUUCGUGAAUCUGGUAACCACGGAAAGGCUCUGCAACAUUUGAAAAAAUAUCAAUCGCAAAUCCUUGAUACGCUUGCCGUUAGAGAGGCAGUUGGUGAACUGUGCCUUAAACUAGACCGCCAUGAGGAAGCAUCUAUGGUCUUUUACGAAUUGAUCAAGCGUAAUCCAGAAAAUAUUGCUUAUUACCAGCAGUAUUUAAAAGCAUUAAAAGUUUGUGGACAAAAAGAAAUUAUCGAUGCGUACGCAAAGAUACAAACAGAACACCCACAAUCAUUCUGCGCUAAACGUUUGCCCCUAGACGUAGCUCAAGGGGAUGAUUUUCGUGUACUUGUCGAUGAACAUUUGCGUCGUAAUCUUCGAAAGGGCGUUCCCCCUCUAUUUGUGAACCUAACAUCACUCUAUCGAGAUGGACAAAAAGUUCGUGUUAUUACAGAACUAGUUGAAGGCUACCAUCAGAAUCUGACCAGCAGUGGCUAUUUUUCUACGAAAGAUAAAGAACAAUGCCUUCCAAAAGAACCAGCAUCCGCACUGCUUUGGACUCUCUUCUAUUUAGCACAACAUUACGACUACUUAAGAGAAUCAGAAAAGGCACUGGAUUUCAUCAACGCUGCAAUUGAGCAUACCCCAACUCUAAUUGAAUUAUUCGUCACUAAGGCUCGCAUCUACAAACACGCUGGCGAUAUUUUAGAGGCAGUCAAAUGGAUGGACGAAGCACAGAGCUUAGAUACAGCCGAUCGCUAUAUCAAUUCAAAAUGCGCCAAAUACAUGUUACGUGCCAAUCAAAUCAAAGAAGCUGAGGACAUUUGCGCAAAAUUUACGCGUGAAGGUGUCUCAUCAAUGGAAAAUCUCAAUGAAAUGCAAUGCAUGUGGUUUCAAACCGAAUGCGCUCUUGCCUACCAGCGACGGGAAAAAUGGGGGGAAGCGUUAAAAAAGUGUCAUGAAGUAGAUCGUCACUUUUCUGAAAUUAUUGAAGACCAGUUUGAUUUUCAUACCUAUUGCAUGCGAAAAAUGACACUGCGUUCAUACGUGGGACUGCUUCGUUUAGAGGAUGUGUUACGACGGCAUCCAUUUUAUUUCAAAGCUGCAAAAUGUGCUAUUGAGGUCUACGUGCGUUUAUUUGACAAACCAUUACCAGCUGAAUCAACAGAAGAAGAACUUGAUAUUGAAAAUUUACCGCCAUCUGAACUGAAAAAGUUACGCAAUAAGCAACGCAAGGCAGCAAAAAAGAAGGCAGAACAAGAGAUUGCACAGGCAUCGCAGACAAAUCAGAAAAAGGAACAGCACAAUAAACAACGUAACACUAACCAGGAUGGUGACCCAGAAGCUCCGCAAUUAGAUGAGUUGAUACCAGAUAAAUUGGCACGUCCUGAAGAUCCGCUGGAAAAAGCAAUUGAAUUUCUAAGACCACUACAAAUACUCGCCAAAGACAAAAUCGAAACACAUUUGAUGGCUUUCGAGAUUUACUCUCGCAGGUCCAAGUUACUUUUGAUGCUACAAUCAUUGAAACGGGCACGCGCUAUUGAUGCCACCAAUCCAACUUUACAUAACUGUAUUAUCAGGUUUUUUAAAAUUCUCGAAUGUCGCAUUACCGCCAACGAAAUCGAAGAAAGUGUUAAAUUGGUUAUCGAACGGGAACGCUCCCAAUUAUUUUGUGGGACCAAGACUGCAAUAGAACUGAACGAUGCAUAUAUGGCACUAAAUCAAAAUAAUCCUGAUGCACUAUACGAAGUUACUAAAAUCAUGUAUCAGUUGGAUGAAUCAAGGCGAGACGAAGCGGUCAAACUACUGACAUCGGUCGAUUUGAACAACGUUUCACUAGAGAACGCAACAAAACUAUUUCUGUUACUGCAGUCUGGAUUCUUCUGCGGUGCCUCUGAAGAGCAGCUUAAUACGUUUAAGAAAAAGUGUCAGAAGCGGUUUCCGUUAGCCAUUAUAUUCGCAGAUAUAGCAACAUCUGUUACCACCCUAACCACAACUCAGUCACCAUUACCGACCGCGUCGGAAACGAUGACUACCAGCGUGACCGGUACUACUAUGUGUCCAGUAGAACAGCAAACAAAAACCCCAUCGCAGCAAAACAGUGCCAGCGAAAUCAAAGCAAAUUAACUAAUACCACGCCAGCUCCACAUAGAAUAGUCAGUUCAUCUUUUAGUUGAAAUCCAUCGGAAGUGUGUAAAAUGCAAUUUUAUGACUUACCGAAAUCUGUGUUAGUCCCAACCGGUACUAAAAUUCACAAAAAGAAUCCUAUGUUUGAAACUUAUACCAGUAGAUACGAUCACUAGUGAAAUGCAAUUUUGCAAUGUUCCAUUGAUUUCGUUAUCGAUGUUCUGUGAGUUUGAAAAACAUAAAAUUUGCAUUACAGACAUUUUGUAAUUUAUCGGCAAUAAAAUUGGUCUUCAGAUUUGUUUCAGCUAUUGAUCGUCUGCAUAAUUCGUAGAGGUAAAUCAUAAGAAUAUCUUUUCUUACUAUUUUUGACAUUUUCAAACUUAACACUCUUGAUCAUACUUUUAAUUUAAAAGGGUUCUGAAAAUAUAAACGGAGAUUAAGCUGCGACGAAAACAACAUAAUCCUUUCAGAACUGCAAACUCCAAGCUGCAAACAGUGGAAAAUUUAACAACAAACAAUUACAAAAGUGCUUGUAAUACAAAUCAGAUGUGUGUAAGAGGGUAAAGUUAUAAAGGAGCUUAAGUAACGAAUAUGUUGUGGUAAAACUUUCCGAACAUCCC